AUGUGUGCAGGGAAGUACACAGAGACUGCACCCGUGGAGGACGUCGAGGCAGGUGAUGCUGCCUAUCCAAUGAAGAAUUGGUUACUGAAGCCUUAUACUAACCAAAUGAAUCUAACAGUAUCACAGAAUGUGUUCAAUUACAAGCUGAGUAGAGCUAGGAUGACAAUUGAAAAUACGUUCGGGCGUUUAAAAGGUAGAUGGAGAUGUCUGCAGAAGAGACUGGAUGUUGGUGUUGAAUUUGCCAGUACCGUAGUCACAGCAUGCGCCAUUCUUCACAACCUUUGUGAACUACGGAACGAACCGUGCGUCUUUGUACAGGUAGAGGAGAAUGGUGAUGAAAUGGAUGGAAUGGAUACUGGGGAAGAAGCUCAAGUGAAUGCCACAAUUCUGAGAUAUGAUCUAGCAGCAUAUUUCGUGAAUGGUUGA